AUGGCAAAGAAGAAUAGUAACUUCACCACAACUGAAAGUGUUGCAAGUGGAUCUCGAAAAUUGUCAGCAUUGUGGAAUGCUCAAAUUAUAUCCAUCUUCAUUGACCUUUGUAUCAAGGAGGUGGAUUUAGGCAAUCGUCCUGGUACUCACUUUAAUAAAGUUGGAUGGGCAAGAUUGGUUACAAAUGUUAGUAAAGAGAUAGGAAGACCAUAUGAAAAAUUACAAUUGAAAAACAAGUGGGAUUUACUGAAAAAAGAAUGGAAAUUGUGGAAAGAUCUAAAAGGGAAGGAAACUGGUCUUGGGUGGAACGUUGCUAAGAAUACCGUUGAUGCAUCUGAUGAAUGGUGGCAAGAUAAAAUUCAGGCAGAACCCAAAUAUGCAAGAUUCCAAUUUGAGGGUAUUAGUCCUGAGAUGGAGGAGUAG